CAGGGCUGACUCAUGCUCAGCUGAGUUAAAACUGCUGGAGCACGAAGGAACACAAAGAGUCUUCUGUGAGACUCUUCUCACACCAUAAAAGCACCAGCCUGGGACAGAAACUGUAGAUGAAAAUCUCACAAUGGACCGCUCAGGACUCCUGCUGCUGUUAGUGCUCAGCCUCAGAGCUGCAUUAGGUGCUGUGGUGGAAUGGACGGAGUUAAAUGAAGCAAAGGCGUAUUUAAAGCAGUAUGGCUACUUGAAUGAUCCAGGUGAUCCACAGGACCCUUCUUACCUGGAGGAGGUCAUUGAAGCGCUUAGAGUCUUCCAGAGGGUGAAUGAUCUGCCACCUACUGGAGAGUUAGAUGAAGCCACCCUUGGUGUGAUGAGACAGCCCCGCUGUGGUUUGAAGGAUCCAUUUAACAAGAAAUUCCACAAGUACAAAGUUAUGGGUCGUUGGAGGAAAAAGAGUCUCACCUACCGGAUCUACAAUUACACACCUGACAUGUUGAGAUCAGAGGUCAGGGCAGCCAUCCGUUCUGCAUUUACGUACUGGAGCAAUGUGGCAGAUCUGACGUUCAGAGAGGUUGAUUAUAGCAGAGCAGAUAUAAAGAUCUCCUUUCAUAAGAAAGAUGGCUACUGCUCAGUUCCAUUUGAUGGCCGAGGUCAUGUAUUGGCUCAUGCUGAGUCACCAGAAUCUGGCAUUGUCCAUUUCGAUGAGGAUGAGUUUUGGACAGAGGGAUCAUAUUAUGGCACUAAUCUGCGUAUUGUGGCUGCCCAUGAAAUAGGACAUGCUCUUGGUCUGGGUCACUCCCAAUUCAGGAGUGCUCUGAUGGCACCAGUUUACGCUGGGUAUCGUGUCAACUUCAGGCUGCAUUCAGAUGAUGUUAAAGGCAUUCAGACACUAUACGGCAAACCACUCAGCACCACUUCAGCCAGUACAACAACUGUGGACAACGUGUUUCCCACAGAGAGCAGUUCUGGACCUGCAAGAAUCCCUGAUCCCUGCACUGCAGAUCUGGAUGCCAUUAUGUUAGGUCCAUGGGACAAAACCUUUGCCUUUAGGGGGGAUUAUGUGUGGACUAUCUCUGAUAUGGGCCAUAACACUCCGAUAAAGAUCAGCAGACUGUGGAGGGAACUCCCUGGAAACCUGAAUGCUGCUGUCCACUCACAGAGAACCAAUAAGACAUACUUUUUUAAAGGCAGUAAAGUAUGGAGGUACACAAUGUUCAUGCUUGACUACGGCUACCCCAAACAGGUCAAACGGAUCCCUCCAAACAUCGAUGCAGCCUUAUACCUGCAGAUUAACAAGAAGCUUGUGUUCAUAAAGGGAUCAGACCACUGGCAGUUUGAUGAGCUGAAAUACAGUUUAGCUUUCUACCCAAAACCUCUGAGCAUGCUCAUCAGCGGGGUGCCAUCUUCUCCUGACGCAGCCUUCACCUGGACCAACGGCAAGAUCUUUUUCUUCAAGGGAGACAAGUACUGGAGAGUGAACGAGCUGCUGAAAGUAGACAGAGGGUACCCACUGAGCAAGAAGGAGCGAUGGAUGAGGUGCUAGCGAAUUACCACCAGGGGGCAGCAAGAACCAGAGGAGGGGAUUCUGGCUCCACUCAGGGCAUUGAAUAAUAAACAACAGCAACAUCAGUGAUUAAUUGUGAAUUGGAGAAAAAUAGUGAGAGAACUGAUUUAACUUCACUGGAUUUUAUUACUGUUGAGCUCCUUCAAACUGAUUUUUGGAAGGCAUAAAAUCUCUGCUGACUGAUGAAUUAUGUAAACCUCAGUAUAAUCUUGGAGAGAAAUCAAGGCCAUCUGUUUGUCUUUUGUCCUCCCACAUAUGUGUUGAAUUAUGUGUUGCAACGCUUUCAGUAAGAUGUAAUAUUAUGGCAGGAGUGUAAAAUUUCUGUUUGCUUUCUCUUGCAAAUUAUACAUGCUCACUGCAUGAGUCACAGUAGUUUUUUUAAAGAAACAAUUUAAGAUUUUAUAAAAUAAAAAGACAAUGUCAACAAUA